AUGACUGACGGAUUGGACCCCCUAUUAGCCUCGUUUUGGGAAGGCUUUCCCUGCCCUCCCCCAUGGCAAUCAGGAUUAUUACAACAGUUGAAUUUUUCCGGGUGUUUAGGAACAUCGAUAGGACAGCGAAUCCGCUCGUUAAUGAUAAGUCGGUGUGGCGGUGGUAAGAGUGAAAGAAUGGAUGAUAAUUCUACAGUUAUACUCGAACAUCCAGUUGAACCAAGGUUUAUAAUGGAGGCGUGUGCUAUGAACUGUAAAUUGUUGAUUAUUUCUGUGUGUAUUAUUGUCUUUGUUAGUAUUUUAUCAGCAGUUAUCUACCUUUUAUACAGGAACUUCAACUCGAAAACAACGAAUGGUGGUCGAGGACGCCAUGAUGUUAAUAAAGCCUUCAAUAGCUGUCAUUAUGCUUCAGCUCCUGUUAUUAGUAGAUUAGACGAGACGAGUUUCAGCCAAGGAAAGGAAGUCUGUCAACAUUCCAAAUCUAAAAAUAGUGCUCCGCAAAAUAAAUACGAUAAACUUCGCUUUCCAUCCGAAAAACAUUCCCAGAUUUACCCUGGGAUAAAGGACAGACGUGUCAAUACAUACGAAAAUGAUUUCGAUACUUCGAACGAUUACGAAUCCAUAGAUGACAUCGACAAAUGUGACUCCAGACACGGCAGUCCCUGGAAGUUUGGGCGCCAUUAUAAAUUCAGUCAAGGGGAGACAAUUCUAUCAGUGUCGUCUGAUCAAGAGGAUACAGACGACAAUUUAUGUCAGGUUUCCAUGGACAACUUGCACGACGAGGAAAGUUUUAGUUCUGUGGCCUGUAACGAGGCGUUCGAACCGGAAGCUAGUGAUGACGAUAUAUCACGUGACUAUCUUGCCGAAAUCAAUUUCGAUAUCAGUGGAUCCAAUUUAACCGCCCGCGUUCCUGAAUACGUUCCGACAUUUUCUACUUUUAAAAAAGAAUCUGUGUUUUCGUGA